CGUUCUCUCCGAAAGAGAGCGCGUGAGUGUAGUCGCUUAGUGUGUCUGCUGCUACAAUUGUGUGCGCGCGCUUGCGUGUGUGUGUGUGUGAGUGUGUAUUCGCGUUUCCUCGCUGUAAGUUGUGCGGAGGAGCGCAGCACAUUUCGGCGCGCUACUUUCCCCGUUAAAAGGAGGCUUUCUCUACCUCAUAGAAGUUUUGGUGAGUCUUCGCCGAAAGUACUUUUGGUGAGACAGCGGCAUCAUGUCUGCCUCGGCGGCCAAAGUGAGUAAAAAGGAGCUGAACUCGAACCACGACGGAGCGGACGAGACCUCUGAAAAAGAGCAACAGGAAGCCAUCGAGCACAUUGAUGAAGUACAGAAUGAAAUUGACAGACUGAAUGAACAGGCCAGCGAGGAGAUCCUCAAAGUUGAGCAGAAAUACAACAAGCUUCGCCAGCCGUUCUUUCAGAAGAGGUCAGAACUCAUUGCCAAAAUUCCCAACUUUUGGGUUACUACAUUUGUGAACCAUCCACAAGUCUCUGCUCUGCUUGGUGAGGAAGAUGAAGAGGCACUUCACUAUCUGACCAGGGUGGAAGUAACAGAGUUUGAAGACAUAAAAUCAGGCUACAGAAUAGAUUUUUACUUUGACGAAAACAUGUAUUUUGAAAACAAAGUCCUUUCCAAAGAAAUUCACCUGAAUGAAAGUGGAGACCCAACCCCAAAGUCAACAGAGAUCAAAUGGAAACCAGGAAAGGACCUCACAAAUCGCCCCAGCCAAACUCAGAGUAAAGCAGGCAAGAAGAGGCAACAUGAAGAGCCAGAGAGCUUUUUCACUUGGUUUACCGACCACUCUGAUUCAGGAGCAGAUGAACUGGGUGAGGUUAUAAAGGACGACAUCUGGCCCAACCCCCUGCAGUACUACCUGGUCCCAGACAUGGAAGAUGAAGAAGGUGAGGGGGAAGAUGAGGACGAGGAUGAGGAGGGUCUGGAGGACAUAGAUGAAGAGGGGGAGGAAGAUGGAGAGGAGGAGGACGAUGAUGGGGAGGAUGAUGAUGGAGAGGAUGACUGAAGAGGAAAACAUUGAGCAUAAUCCAUCUUUACCUGGCCCUGUCCCCCCACAACCCACCUGCUUCUUUGGCGAAUUUUUUGGGAGCAAGAUGAUAAUUUUUUUUCCCUUCCCCUCCUCAGUUGUUUAUUUUGUGCUCCAUCUCCUGUCCUUUAUCCUGACAGUGCCAUGUUGACAUCCCCCUACCCCCAAGAACAGACUCUCACAAUAAACUGACUGCAAAAUACUGCCAAUGUGGCAUUUAACAUCUCAAUUCCCAAGUACAUUUCGAGGUAAAAAAAAAACAAAACACACUGUAGUAUCAGCAGCACGC